AUGAAGGCCGUAUUCUUUGCAUUGGUGGUGGCAUUCUUUGCCUCUGAGGCGCUGGCUAUUCCUGUGCAACAGGGAGAUACUAACAAUGCUGUAGGGUUACUCUACUCGCGUACCGACCCCCCAAAACGACAAGCAGCUGGAACCACCACGACCACGACAUCGACUUCCACUACGAACACUGGGGAAGCCAAUGACGAUUCAUUUGCGCUGGCUGCGCGAAAGGAAAAAACGCCCACCUAUGGAUAUCCGCACAAACACAAGAAGCAUCGCCAUCAUCACAAAUACCACUACUCGCGAGCUGUUGAAAUAAUCCCUGAUAACGAUGUUGUAUCCGUUCCCCGGCCCAUUGUCCAACCUUCCACCGAAAGCAACGAAGCCGAUACAACUACAAGCGGGGUAACGAACAAUGACACUGACAACAAUGUCGACCAAGGCGACGAAAACGACAUUGAAAACGAAGAUAACAAUGUGGGCGACGAGGGGUAUGAGAAUGAUUAUGAUGACGAUGACGACGACGACGACGAUGAAUAUGAUGCUUAUUAUUACGAGGAAGACGACUACCACGGCGCUAACGGUAGCCCUAUGGGCGGUGAUGGCUUUGAUGAAGGAACAUUGGCUGAACGUGAAGAAGCAACAGUGACUUACGGGCACCCCCACAAGAAACAUCAUUGGUGGCACAAGCAUCAUCGUUACCACUACCGAAGUGACGAGCAGAGCGACGAAGCGCAGGAAAAUGAGCACUACAGACGUCCGCACCGUAAGUAUAACAAGAAGCAUUGA